AUGUCCCCCGCCCCCGAGCCUUUCGAUGUACCCGUCUUGAUAGUCGGAGCGGGCCCGGUGGGGCUUGUGCUCGCUCUCACCUUAAUAAAGAAUGGCAUCAAAGUACGCAUCGUCGAGAAGGAAGCAGGGACUCACAAGGGACAACGCGGGACUGGUAUCAUGCCUCGCUCGCUCGAGCUCUACCAGUACCUGGGUCUCCUCCCGGAAAUCCUAAAGCGUGGGCGCCCAUUGCUUCCCUCGCUGGUCUACAAGCUGCCAGGAGGAACCGAUAUUAUGAAGGAAUUUUAUCUGGCAGAACCCAAGGAAACGACGCCGUCGACUCCGAUUAUAAAUAUUCGUUCUCUCGGACAAGACAGGCUCGAGAAACUGCUGCAUGAACGUCUGGAGAAGCUUGGGUGCCGCGUUGAGUUCAAGACGACGAUGACCAGCUUCUCUCAGUUCGAUGAUCACGUCGAAGUGCAACUCGUCAAGAGUGGAAUCGACCAGGAUGUCACUGAGACCGUUCAGUGCAAGUGGAUGGUAGGUGCCGACGGCGCGAAAGGCAUCAUACGCAAGCAGCUAGGCCUCGAGUUCAGUGGCGAGACGCGCGGCGUCGAGGAACGAUUUGUUUCCGGCGACCUUGAGGUCAAAAAUUUAUCCGAUGAGCAUUGGCACGUCUGGGGGGACCCAUCGACCAUCUUGGUAUCACUGCGGGGCACGGAAACGCCUGGUAUCUUUCAUUUGAUCAUGGGCGGGCAAAUUGAAUUCGACAAGGUCGUCUCGGACCGCGAGGAGCUGGCAAAGGCCGUCAAGGCUGGUACGCAUCGAGAUGACCUCGAGAUCGGUGAACCUACAUGGCUGUAUGAAACGACGCCAAACAUCCGGAUGACCGAGAAGUUCAGUCAAGGGAGGGUGUUCCUGGCAGGAGAUGCUUGCCAUGUCCACCCGUUCUUUGGCGCGCAGGGCUCCAACUCCGGUGUGCAAGACGCAUUCAACCUCGCUUGGAAGCUCGUGCUCGUUGAGAAAGGGCUCGCCGCGCCGACACUCCUCGCCAGCUACACCGCCGAGCGCGUGCCCGUCAUCGCGGAGGUGCUCAGGCGCACCACAAACAUUCAUGACAAGACUCAAGUGAUGGGAAAUGACGGGAGGGGGCUCGAUGCCUGGGACCGCGGCGGCUCGCUCAAGAUGCUCGGCAUCAACUACCGCUGGAGCAGCAUCGUGCUUGACGAGCGCAAUCCCUAUAUGGCCGAGGCACCGCAGGACCCGUAUGGCGUCGAGGCGGGCGAUAUGGUGCGCGCGGGCGACAGGGCUCCGGAUGCACCUGGGUUGGUCCCGAUAGAGGGAGGGGAGACGUCGUUGUUCAAGAUUUUUGGACCUACCUGCCAUACCGUGCUGCUCUUCGCAGGGAACGACUCCGCGGAGGAGGUUAGGCGGGUGCUGACGAAACUCAAAGGGUACCCUGAAGACGCUGUGCGCUCGGUCGUCAUAUACCCGCGUGGCGCACUCCCGGAAGUCAUAGACGACGCUGACUUGGUUGUCUUCGACUCCGAGCAGCACGCCUAUGUUGGCUACUGCUGCUCGGAUGAUGACCUCACCAUAGCGAUUGUGAGGCCGGAUGGUAUCGUCGGGGGCAUUGUCUUCGGCGCGCCAGGUCUGAGGAGAUACUUCAGGGCCGUCUUCUCCACACUCAGUGUUUGA